AUGAAGAGGAAGGAGAGCUGUAAUGUGGGAGGUCCCUCGAAGAAGAAGAAAUGUAAUCAUUCUCUCUCCGUUGAUCCGUCCUCAAUAGUUAAUCCCACCUUCACCAAUCCAGUUGAUCCCUCAUUCAAUACAUCAAGUUCACCCAACCCCAAUCCCAAUCCAGCAAGUUCAUCCAACCCCAAUCCAACAAGUUCAUCCAAUGAAGACAUAUCUUUCUUCAAUGAUGAUUGCAAACAUCG